AUGAAUCCCAAGUAGGAUCGUUUUCAAAAGAAAAGGGCAUUUCCCACGCAGCUGCAUCGUUACUCGCACCGUCCACUCUCCCGCUUUUCUCAUGAAAACCAAGAUUUUUUCCUUCUCUUUCAUGUUGCCUCUCCUUCCUAGGUUUAUACAACUGUUUUUCAAAUCCUCGCCAUUUUCCAAGCGAUGCAUAAAGGUUGGCAUUCGGCCUUCCGUACCAUUCAGAGGCCGCCGGCUCGGCAGUUUGCUCUUCCACCGCGAUGAUUCACUCCCAUUCCCACCGCGUCCACCUCCAACGACUUCAAAUUCAAACGAGAUUCUGUUAACACUUUCCCAUUCACUUUUAUAACAGUUUCUCAGAAUAUCCCACUGUCCUCGUUUAGGAGUCUAUUGCUUUUUCUCAUUCGCGUUUUCGGUCUUGAAAUUAGUGAUUAAAAUUAUAAUUAUAUUCUCAGGGUUGCAAUUAGAAACGUUUUUUUUUCGGAUUUAUUUUGAUUUUUUCGUCCACUAUUUUUCAAUAGAACUUUUUUUUUAAAAGAAAGGGCGAAAUUGAGUCCCGAAAAAUGAGGUUAAAUGAAAUUAUUUUAAUCUAAGAGAAAAUUUGGGCUUUUAAAGUUUGAAAACUAUUUUUUGGUCAGUUUUCAUUCAACGUGGUCGUGGAAUGGGUCGCCGUGUAGUAAAUUAAAAGUAUCUUGCCGAAUUUCCAAAGCGUUGCACCCAAACAUAAAGUAAUCUCUUAUCUGCGAAUGUGACUAUAUAUUCUUCCAAAAAAUGAAUCACUCUUUCGAAGAAAAAAUUCCUAAGACCAUCUGUGAACAGCGAAACUCCCUCAAACUCUCAAAACAAGGAGAAGUUCUCGAGAAAGUUGCAAGGCGAAAUUUUCCUUGCGUUUGUCCGUUCGCCGCUGUCUUUUUUAUCACUGCAAUGUACACAGGCGUGACCCUCGAGUAUCGCGUGUGCUCAUCCUUUUUACCGUUCAUCCGAGCCAAAGUUCUUCCCAACUUUUUUCCUCUAACUUUUCGUGUAAUGAAACUCUCACCAGAGGUGGGAGGCAUGUUUAUACAGUGAAGCAGCUUUUUCCUUCUUUUUUUUCUCACCUUCCCACAUAACAACCGGAAGAUCUGCCCCUUACUUUUUCCUUGAUCUAUUUCCUACACCUAACCAGUCAGUUAUCGACGGCUUCAGACGCCUCAACGACGAUGCCGUUCUCCCCGUCGUUCGAGGACUUUCCGUCAAUGUACCGUCGACGGCCCAGCAAAAGCUUCAUGCGGCGUAUCCCUAUCGAGAUGUGAGUCUAAGUUUUCCUAUGAGAAGAUUCGCCUUUUUUGAAUUCUUUCAAAAGUCUAAAAUCUUUGAAGUUUCAAAAAAGUUUUUCAAAAAAAAUCAUGUAUAUUUUCACUGAAAUUUAGACUUUUAUUUUUUUCAUGAUAACUCGUCAGAAAUCAAGUCGAACUGCACCCGUUAUUCUUUCUAAAACCGGGAAAUUUUUCUUUUUUUAAAUCGUGUUUCCCAUGUAAAAGUCAACGACAUUUGCUUGUUUUCAUCCGUUCCAUACUGAUAAGAUGUCUGGGAACGCCUUCAAUUUUAUCAACAAAAGGCCAAAUUGUAUUUUUUUAGUUUACACCUAGUAAAUUUAUGGGCAAGGCAAAAAACUCAAAACUAUAAAAAAGGCUUUCUCGAUUUAAUAAGAGAGAAGAUUCCCUCAUUUUUGUACUUGACUUUUCUCUUCUUUUGAUAGAUGAUUUUUUUUUUCAAAGCGACAAGAAGAAUAAAGAAUAGAAAAGGAAGAGAGAACAGAGAGGCAGAAGCUGGACAGUGAUGGUCCGUUUUGUAUGCGCAGUUGCACGGAAACCUCGCACAUUCAGUGGCUUCCUCGUUCAUCCUGAAGCAUCAAUAUCGAUUUUCAUUUACUUCAAAGUCUUCAGCUUUUGUCGAUCCAAGUAGUUUCCGGCUUCAACCAUUUUUUUUUCAUCUUUCAAAAAGAAUCCGAAUAAGUUUCGUAGGAGAUUUUUUUAAUUUUUUUUGAAAGUUUUUUUGAAAAGGGAUGAAAAAGACCGAGAAUUUAAUUUAGAAAUUCUCACAGUUAAGACUGAACGUUAAAAAUAUUCUUUAUUGUCAUUCCCACUUUUUUUAAAUCUCAAAUUUGUGUUUUCCAAUGAUUUCCAACAUCGUUUUUUAGACUUCAAUAUGAGUUACUUCACAAAAUUCGUUUGCAUCAUGAACGCCGACAUCAUUUUUCAAUCAAGCGAUUGAAAUAAAUCUAUUAUACGACUGUUUGGUGAUCGGAAUCCCUUUUUUUUUUCUGUGGAGCCGACGAUUUCCCACGUUUUAGGGCCUUUUUUUGGUCAUUUUCCCACACGCUGCUCGCAUUCCAACACCUUUCAGUCCGUUUUUCAUCGGUUUGGAUGCUUUUCCAGUUUUGAUCGGGUUUCUCUUAUUGGAAAAAAGUAUUCAAAAAGCGAAAAAAUUUUGAUUGAAGAUUUGAAAUUUUUGAAUGUAGUUUGUUGUUUGGGAGCAAAGAGCAAAGCUGAAAAAGGAAAGUUUUCGGAAAAGACCAUUCCGUCCGUUGAACUUCCAUUGAAAAGCGAGAAAUUUGAUGCCUAGCAAACCGGCGAAAAAAGGUUGGCCGCCGAGAAAAAGGGAAGAAAAAGUCUUCGUGGGAAGAAGCUUAUCAUCCGGAAAAGCCUUCUGUUCAUUCGCCAAUUUCUCGAAGGCCGUUUUGUUCUUGAGAAAUCAGCCCUUUUCAUCAAGUAUUUGCACUUUCUACAGCUGACCUUACGAAGUCAAAAUUUAAAAAGUUUGAAAAAAAUUGUUUUGAAAAGACUACUUCUUGGAUCAUUUUCUUGCUGCAUUUUCCUUCGAGUUCGAUUAUUUUGAUGAAAUUUAUUUUUUGGUCUUCUUUGAUUCUUUUACAAAUGCCUAUCACUUUUCUUGCCGUAACUUUGAGCUUUCAGUGGGCCGAUGGAACCGCGGGAGCCGGUAAUAUGCAAAGCUACGAGCGCUUAUUUCUAUCCGGAGGUUUUUUUUUAUUGAUUUUCGGGUGAUAAUCAUUUUUUUUCUUGCUUUUUGAAGUUUUUUUUUGGGUUUUACUGAAUGCAAAUCAAAAGAGGAUUUUUAAAAUAAUGUCUGUACAUGUCAAAAGUACUUUUUAGAAGCAUAACUCGCUUGCUUGAGGAAGUUAUCACGAAAAAAGUGAGUUUCGCUUCUGUUUCUAUAAUAGCUGUAAGCUUUUUUCGCUCUGAAAGUGCGCUUUGGCCCUGAUUACCAACUAUGAUUGAAUAGAAAAAUAUAUUUUAAGAAGUAGUUAAACUAACUUUUUGUAUGAAGCCUGGGUCUCCAUAAUCUUCUGAUCCAAGUUUUCACAGUCCGAAGACCCUCGAAUUCCACGUGGUAUCGUUGAAAGCAGAAUGAGGGAUUUCGCCGGCUAUCCGGAGCCUCGGAAAUUCGCCAGUUCUGGCGAAUUCCGUUCGUCGGAGCUCCAAAGAAGUCGCCCCGUCGAAUUCUCGGCCUCGAUGAAGGUCCGACCGCCGCCCCAAGCGGCUCCAUCGGCCACGCACAACGAAAAUAUGAAGUCUUCUUGGGAACAACUGCCUGCUCCUGUACCUAUCAUUGCCAGGUUGGAAAAGAUAUAUUCAAACUUUCAAAUUAUAAUAUAUGGAAAACAUAUAUUCAAACUUUCAAAUUAUAAUAUCUUCUGUUCCGAAAGAAAUAUGGUAGAUAUUUUGAAUAUAUUUUUUUCAUUUAUAUCUUUCCAGCGGAAGACGUGUGAAAAUAGACGUCGUCCACUUGGGCGUGACCGCGCCCGCGGAUAUGCUGGCGCCGGAUCCAGGAACAUCUAGAACCGAUGGAAAUGAUCAGAACAUUUCGGAUGUUUAUAAAACGAUCAGAUAUCGACGGGAGAUGAUUGAGGAUGGUGAGGGCACUCGAUUUUUUAUUUUGAAUGAUUUUCCUAUGAAAUAUUCGAAAAUGGAUAUUACUUUUACUUUUCCAAAAAUAUCGAAUAAACAACUUUUUAAAGUUUCAAAAUUUCAAAUAAUAUGAAAAAGUGGCAUAAAACUCAUUUACGGCCACUUACAAAAUUUUAUUCUCCAUUUUGAUAGUUCAAAUAAUGGAAAAAAAUUUUCGAGAAAGAAACGAAAUAAAAAGGGCAUGAGAACACCAAAUUUAAUGGAUCUGAGAAGCGCGUGAUCGAAAUCAAAAAUCGGUGCAUUUUCUUUUUGCAGAGCCCGCCGCAACCACAUCUUUCUCCCCAACGCCUACCGUUCAAUUGCAAAGACCGCGACCCUACUUCUCCGUGAGAAAAAACCGAUUUCCAACCGUUACCGUCAACGUCUCUCAACCCAAAGGUUCAUUUGGAGAUAGAAAUUAGAUUUUGAAUGUUAAACGCAACGAUUUAAUCGUGGAGUUUAAUUUGAAAGCGGACAAUUAGCAUAUUUUUAGUCCCGAAUCGUUUCCACGCUAUAAUCCAAAAAAAAGUGGAACUUUGUUGAGUUUUUAUGUUCUCAGAAACAACUACUGGGCCGUUUGAGACUUUCAAAAUUUUGAUUUUGUUCAAUCACGAUUUUUUUUUCAAACUUUGUCUCAUUUUUUGAAAUUUUAUAACCUUCCUUUUCAGAGAAGCGGAUUUUUCAAAAUAAUUAAUCUUGAAAAAAAAAAAAACGCAAGCUUUGGAAGAAAAAAAUGGGAAGUUUUUUUGUGAAUUUCAUAUUUGUUUGACUGAUUUAUGAUGGGAAAAAAAGGCCAAAAAUCGAUUGCCACGCGUCUGAAAAAAUAAUUCUCUUGAAAUUGAAAACAGUUUUUUUUUCAGUAGCUUUUGUUUCAGAAGAACGUGCAAGCGGUCCGACGACAGUUGUCAGAAUCCCCUCGUCAAAGACGAUUUCUGUUCAGAAAAUGGCAGAAAACGACCGCCACUCACCCAAUUCUUAUUUCAUGUAAAUUUGAUUCUUCUUUCUUUUGAAAAAAAUAUUUUCCAGAGAAGAAACGAUAGAAAGACACAUGGAGUUGGAAGAACAAAUCGAGUAUUCGAUCAAGGAAAAGGAACUGGCCGAGGCGAAUAAAAGCAUCGAAGAGGUUCAGGAAUAUUUUGAAAUCGAGGGAAAAUUUAAAAAUUUCUCCAGUUAACGAACAAACUUGCCGAAAUUGAAGUGGAAAAACAUCGUCUCCAGGCGAAUCUCGUUUUGGCUGAUGAUUAUUCUGAAUCUGUCAACUCUUCGACGAUUCCUCGACUUGAAUGUGAGUUUGAAAAUCGAAUUUUUCAAGGUUUCAAAAUGUGGACAUUUGAAAGUUUUUUUAGGGAUUUGAAGUGAAAAAAAUGAGCCCAGUAAAUAUUCAACAAUUCAGAAUAUUUUUUUAAAAAAUUCGAGAUAGAAACAAGCUUAUUUUGAGGAAAGUUGAGAAAGAGCAUCAAACUUUUUUUCAAAACUCGAAUUUUGCGUUUGAAUUUCCAGACCGCGAAAUGAAGUUAGGACUAACCCAUAAAACAAGUCUGAGCCGUAAACGGAACUUUUUUGGCCGUCCGUUGAACUUUUGAUCAAGCUUCACUCAAUUUUUUAUUAGAAACUCCGGAUUGCAGGACAAGAAAAAGCGUUUUGCCCGUUAGAUCUUUUUUUGAGUUAAAACGCUUCAAUUUUCGCAAACCACCCGAAAUAAAAAAACUGCAUUAUUCAAAGCUUUAGAAAUUUGAAAAGAAAAACCAAAAAAAAAAAAAACAAGACCUACUUUGAGAACUUUUUGUCUUGACAUCAGAGAUUAGUUGGCUCAAAAGUACACUUUGGCGAAUUUUCAUCAGAAGUUUAACCGGAGGCUGAGAAAGUUCCAGUGUAAGAAUUUUUCAUUCAGAUGUUUUGUCUUCAUAGGCCUUUUUGAAACGAUUUCCAUCAUAUGUGAUUCCAGUAUAUUUUCUCUCAUUAUUUUGACGAAGCGGAAUAUUUUGCAGCAGUGAAAAAAUGGAAAGCGACGUCGCCGAGAUUGGCGACGGACAUCUCUGCGACGAGCGCCGCGUCGUCGCCUCAAAGCCGCAGCCGGAUGCUCCGCGAGAUCGACCGAAUCCACGAGGAGCUGGUCAGUCGCCGUGUUCAUCAACAAGAGUAGAUAAGGGGAGGCGGCGAAAAAAUGAAAAGACAAACACGAAAUGGCGAGUGGACACGCCGUCCGCAGACAUUUUGUUCCUUCCUUUUCGUCCUUAUCCCUUAUCGAUUAUUGCUAUAACAGUUGAAGAUUAAGUUCUGAAUAGACUUCUCAAGAAGUAACUCAAAUCCAAUUUCAGUAUGAAUAUGAGUUUGACCGAAACGUUGCUUGCAUAUCUUAA